AUGCAAGCAAAACCAUACAAUACAAUUCCAACAAAUUUCCCUCCAGCGAUUAAACUUCCUCAAUUUCAUCGGAUUCCAUCGCCGGCUAAGAUCAAAGGACCCAGAGUCAUAUCCAUUUCUACCCCAGAUGCCAAUGACCAUGUCUCAAGCCGCACAACCCUAAACAAUGUAGAUGAUUCUGUGGCUGCCUUUUGGGACUACCAAUUUUUAUUUGUUUCACAAAGAUCAGAAACAACAGAGGCAGUAACGCUUCAAGUCAUCGAUGGAGCAAUCCCGCCCGAUUUCCCAUCUGGCACGUAUUAUCUCACCGGUCCGGGGCUAUUCACCGAUGAUCAUGGUUCCACGGUGCACCCUCUGGACGGUCAUGGAUACCUUAGGGCAUUUAGUAUUGAUGGAGUCAAUCAAGAGGUCAAGUUCAUGGCUAGGUACGUAAAAACCGAGGCUCAAGUUGAGGAGCAUGAUCCAGAGACUGACACAUGGCGGUUUACACAUCGUGGUCCGUUUUCUGUGUUAAAAGGAGGCCAAAAACUUGGCAAUACGAAGGUAAUGAAAAAUGUGGCAAAUACUAGUGUAUUGAAGUGGGGUGGUAGGCUAUUAUGUUUGUGGGAGGGUGGGGAUCCUUAUGAGAUAGAAUCAGGGACGUUGGAUACAAUCGGAAGGUUUGGUAUGAUCAACCGAUGUGAUUUAUUGAUGGACAGUGGAAGCAAUGGUGGUGAUAUGUGGGAUAUAGCCGCUGGAUUAUUGAAGCCAAUCUUAUAUGGAAUGUUUAAAAUGCCACCGAAGAGGUUGUUAUCCCAUUAUAAGGUCGAUGUUAAAAGUAACAGACUGAUCACUGCUUCAUGCAAUGCCGAGGACAUGCUGCUGCCCCGCAGUAAUUUUACAUUUUAUGAACAUGAUGCAGAUUUCAAGUUGUUGCAGAGACAAGAAUUCGGCAUUCCUGAUCAUUUGAUGAUUCAUGAUUGGGCAUUUACAGAUACUCAUUAUAUAUUAUUCGCCAACCGCAUUAAGCUUGAUGUCAUCGGAUCAAUGACUGCUGUUUGUGGACUGUCUCCAAUGAUAUCAGCUUUGACAGUAAAUCCUAGCAAGUCCACCUCUCCCAUAUAUUUGCUUCCUCGCUUUCCUGACAGUUCUUCUGGCCAUCGAGACUGGAGAGUGCCUGUGGAAGCACCUUCAAAAAUGUGGCUACUACAUGUUGGUAAUGCUUACGAGGCUAAAGAUGUCGAUGGAAAUUUGCAAAUCCAAAUACAUGCUUGCAUUUGCUCCUACCAAUGGUUCAAUUUCCAAAAAUUGUUUGGAUAUGAUUGGCAAAAAGCUAAGCUAGACCCUUCUAUCAUGAACGUAAAAGAAGGUGGAGAUGGGUUACUGCCCCAUCUUGUUCAGGUUUCUAUAAACUUAAAUGCUGAUGGGACCUGUCAAAGAUGUAAUGUGGAACCCUUGAAUCAAUGGAGCAAGGCAGCAGAUUUUCCUAUCAUAAAUCCUGAGUUUUCUGGUAACAAAAACAGAUAUAUUUAUGUAGCAGGUUCUUCGGGCUCCCGCCAAACAUUGUCGCAUUUCCCUUUCGAUAUGGUGGUGAAGCUGGAUUUGUUAGACAAUUCUGUCCAUACGUGGACAGUUGGUGCUAGGAGAUUUGUCGGCGAACCUAUAUUUGUUCCACAAGGUAGCGAAGAAGACGACGGAUAUCUUCUAGUAGUGGAGUAUGCAGUUGCAAUACAAAGGUGCUAUCUUGUAAUUUUGAAUCCUAAGAGGAUAGGGGAAGCCGAUGCAGUUGUAGCAAGACUGGAGAUUCCUAGUCAGCGAUUUCUUCCUCCUCUAGACAGCAUCGAUGACUUUUCUUUGUUUUGUGACUGGCCGACUGGUCAAAUCCUGCCUGUAGGUGGUGCCUCCUACCUGGGGCCUAUGGGUGUUAAUCAGGUCGAUAAGGAUGCGGGUGUUGCUUGGGUUUUAUCUUUGCCAGCUAAUCUUAUAGAUAACGUUGAAUUGAACAAUGAUAUAAACUUGAUUGCCAAGGAGGAUUGGAGUGGCAUUGGCAAGGAGAAAACCAAGGAAUACGUCUUAAAAUGUAGGUAUAUUUUUUCUGGGUGA